CGGCCGACCAGAUCGGCGGCAGGGGGGACGCCCACCGGAGGUGAUUACUGACUACUGGAGCAACUGCCUAGCACAAUCACCGACUUCUAGUUCGGAUUGGGGAGAAAAGAUAGCAGAAAGAGACCACAAACAUGUGCUGCUGUUUGUUCAGGCCACAACUCAAGAAGAAGCAGAAGUAAAGAAAGAAAUGAUAAACAGGAGACAGAAACAGAGAAACGGAGUGGAACUUCUCUGCUAUGCAUACCUCCUUGCUCGGUCGCUUCAUCUCCAAGUGCCUGAGCGGUUACACGACUUUUUGAGUGGAGGUUAACACUUAACAGAGGAAAGGCCAUGGAAGCCGCGGUGGUGAGCGUCUCACACGGAGCCAUAGGCUCCUUGCUCGGGAAGCUUGCCGAUUUGCUCGCCGGCGAGUACAAGCUGCUCAAAGAAGCAAAGGGCGAGAUCAUGUUCCUCAAAGCCGAGCUCGAGAGCAUGCGCGUGUUCCUAGAGAGGAUGUCGGAUGCAGAGGAGGAGGCUGACAAACAAGCAAAGUGCUGGGCCGAGGAGGUCCGUGAUCUGUCUUACGACAUCGAGGACAACGUCGACGACUUCAUGCUCCGGGUGGAAUAAUGCGAGUCCGACAGCAAGCCACAUGGCUUCAAGGGGUUCAUCGAAAGGAGCAUCAACUUACUGACGACAAUCAACACUUGGCGUAAGAUCAGCAAGGAGUUGCAAGGUCUCAAGAGACGUGUCAUGGAUGUGAGCGAGAGGCGCAUGAGGUACAAGGUUGACAGCACCGUCUCCAAGCCAAACAGCACAGCCAUAGAUAUACGCCUGUUGGCGCUCUAUGCGGACACGGCGGGCCUCGUGGGCAUCAGUGAGCCGAGGGACGAACUAAUCAAGGUGAUGCUGGACCAAGAUGACAUCUGUGCUCAGGAGCUUAAGGUGCUCUCUGUUGUGGGAUUUGGAGGCCUUGGUAAGACCACACUUGCAAAUGAGAUUUAUCGCAAACUAGAGGUGCAGUUCCAGUGCCAAGCUUUUGUUUCCGUGUCCCAAAAACCCAAGAUACGGAAGAUUCUUAGAAGCAUACUCUCUCAAGCUGGCUAUGUGGCUCCUGAUCUGACUAAUAUGGAAUCAUGGGAUGAGGAUCAGCUGAUCAGGACACUUCGAAGAUUUCUGGCAGACAAGAGGUAUUCCCUUUUGUAAAUGACUUUACUCCUCCAUAGUGCUUGGUUUAUUUUUGUGGGGGCAUAUUCUUUUAGCUUGCUGGUAUGCUGUUUGUAGAAAUUCCUGUCGCUGUGGGUAAGAAAUUUACAUAUUAGACCCUCUGGAUGGGCACUUUAUUAGUUAAAAUUAGUUACACCAUCAAGUUCCAUGGAACCUCUAUAAUCAUGUAAUUUGUCCCAUAUUUGAAGUUUUUGUUGCCAC